ACGGGAAAGCACUCUCCUCUCUGUUGGGACCAUCCGCAGCCAAUGACUGAGGCUUCACACAGUGACCGAUGAAUCGCGUCCUAGCUCAGUGCAUCGUAUGGUCCUUGUGCAACAUUACUAGCGAAUGGGACGGGUGAUUGACUAACUAGACUUGAUCAGAUAAUCUUAAUGGUGAGUAUAGGCUGUAAGGAAUAAGGCAAUGCGUAUUUUUUAUGAGGGUGACCGAUUGCGUUCCGGAACAGGUGCACCUUGAUGCUCUAUCAGGUCACUUCAGGCAGGGGUUCAGGCGAUCAGAAAUGAAAUCACACUGACAUGGCUGAUUAUUCCCUCCCCAGUGCUGACAUGGCAACAGAAAGGAAAGACACAGAUUCUUUCUCCUGUCAAGGUUCCACUUCAAAGGGUGGUGGGGUGCAUUUCCCUGAUGAGGAGUAUGCCAGCACGGCACCUAAGUGUUCGGAUGAGACCCGGCCUGACCGGGUCAUCAGUGCUAUACCAGAAUCUGACGGGACUUACCUGGUGAAGGUAGGAUUCCUGAGAAGCCAGCACCGCUAUGAGAUCAUCUUCAAUCUCCCACAAGUCCCAUCAAUGGGCAAAGAUGCCACGCUGUCCCCUGCCCUCAGGACCACAGCCAAGCCACGCCUCCGCGCCACCCGCAUCACCCCUCGCCAAGAAGGUGGAAUGAAAGUUGUUUGUGAGUACAGCACCCAGCAGGAGGGGGUGCUGCAGGAGGAGUUGAUGCUGGUCAACCGCAGCAGAAGGGAUGGUAGCGUGAGGGUCAAACUUCAGGCUAGAGUCAUGGAUCGUCACCAUGGAACGCCACAGCUGAUGGAGGGGGUUCGAUGCAUAGGACCAGAGGAGACCAACUCCAAACAGACUGACCGGAAGAAGCCCAGUUAUCAGCAAUAGAAGAGUCUCAUCCACACACACUUUAAUCUGGACUACAACUCAAAUAUACAGUACAAAUCAACAGAACAGGGCUUAAUAGCCACGAUUUCAUGCACAAUAGCCACAAUUCUUGAAUUUCCCCUAGGAGAUCAAUAAAGUAUAUAUCUAUCUAUCUACAA